ACACAACUGAAAGACUGCUAUUUCUCAACCAGCCAAAUUGCGGCCUUGCAGCUUUCUCUGGCAGCCAAUGAAUGCCUAAUAGAUAAAUUCCAACUUUCCUUCUUGUUUUCUUCAUAUGUUUCCUUAUGGUACACAUAAGAAAAUAUUUGUGAUAUUUCUGUCCUGAGCAGCGCUGGAAUUAUUUGUUAAGGUGGCACGGUGUCCCAUGGUUAUUUCUCGUCCACUCUCUUAUCUCCCAUUUUGUGGAGGUCCCCUGAGUUCAUUCCCACUUCAUUACGGUCGCCUUUUAAUAGGUGCAAAGCGAUUCGCGCUCUCUGCCGCGGUGCACGCCGGGACUUGCAAUCCUCGCCCGUCCGCCCCGCUCCACUUGACCGCGGCUCAGCCAAUCACAGCGUCCAGUCGUCGCCGUGGCAACCGCGGGUAAACAAGAUGGCGGUGCGGGCGCUGAGAGCGGGGUGAGUGCUGCGGGACGGCCGGCCUACCUCAGGCCUCCCCGCCGAGCCAACGCCGAGAGGCCGGGGUCGCUUCUGGCCUUUGUUUCAAGUCCCGUUGUGGUGGGGGGCCCUCAGGAUGCCUGCGGGAGCAUUCGUGGCCAUUUCUGUGCUGCGCUGACUGAGAGGUGCAGGAAUGCCCUGCCCGAAGGCACGCAGUGUGGGCCGGUGAGGAAUGCAGAGUUUGGGCCCUUCGGGACAGCCUCUUCCUUUGCGUUUUGGGAAACUUGCUCAUCAAGGAAUCCCUCCCCCCACAAAGCUAACAAACCUAUCCUCGUUUUUUAUAUAUUCCCUCCUCACCACUUGUCACAGCAGGGCCCAGCUGAGCUGUUUGCUGGCAAGGCAGUGCUCACCAUCCACACCUCUUGUGGUGAGCGCAGCUCUUCUUCCUACACGCCCACCAUCAGAUAAGUGGUGGAGGGUUUUGACAUCCUUGGCAACCCGUGGAGCACAUUAGAGCUUCAUUUCAUUUCACAGUUUCACUUUAGGUCGUAGCUGACCUGUUAGAUAAACAGCACAAAAGCUGCUCCUCUGCUGUCAGUGAAGUUUCCUGUUUGUGCUACUCCCAGAUGUUGUACUUUUCAUUAAGGCAGCUCUGUGGUACUUCCUGCCUCUCUGUGUGGCACAGGAUGUUCUGUACCAGCGUCACAGCCUCUUUCUGCCAGCCCCAUUUUGUGUUUGCUCUGAGCGAACUGAGAUCCUUUUGGUUUUGCACAGUAACAAAUGCUCUCACCCACUGAUUUUGAGAGUGCUCCUGGGAGUGAAUAACCUGGGGCCACUCCACUUUCAGUGGAGUUCACUUUCAGUGUAACACCUAUGUUUCUUUACCUGUUUUUGGAGAAGUCAUAUGCAAAAUACUAACCUUUCAUACGUUUUGUGCCUCCUCACAGGUGACACAGCCUGUCCCCUACGGCAGCCUUCCCUUGCAGGGACAACACUAGAAAAGAAUAUAUGACAUCACAGAAUGGCUUAGGUUGGAAGAGACCUUAAAGAUCAUCUAGUUCACCACUUCACAGGGUAAAGUCCCUCAAAGAUAAGGGGGUUCUUGACCAUCAUAGUCUCUCAGUGACAGUCUGGUGGACUCAGUACCCCAGGCGAGGGCUAUUUUGUGUUGUCUUCCCCUCACAUACACAGCAUGCUGCCAUUGACAUAGCUACCUCCCUACCAACAACUCUCAAAGAUAAGAGCUGAGGGAUUUCCAGCCCACACCCGCCAAAGGUAUCCUUUUUUCACCUGCUUUGGCAGAACCAGAGCUCAUGUGUGGGUUCCCUUAUGGUGCAGAUAAGCCUCCAAUAUGAAUUGCCUUUCUAGAGGUAACGUAUUUGUGCUUUCAGGUACUGAGGCAUUCCCACUGACAUGGAGCUCAUGUCAUCCAUGAUGCAAAAAAUCAGUCUGUUGGAACAAAAAAUAGAUAAACAAGCGCAAGAAAUCCAACUGAAGGACAGGAAGAUUGCGGAGCUUGAGGAGAAGAUGAAGACUCUUCAGAAAGGAGAAGCUGCUCCUGACUCAUCCACAGCAGAGGAUCUGGAAAGGAGGUGCCUUCAGCUGCAGACUCAGGUCUGGGAGAUGGAGCGGUUUCUAAAUGACUAUGGUCUGAUCUGGGUUGGAGACAGACAUGAAGAGCUGGAAGACUUGGAGUCGCUGAGAGAUGACGAACUGCUGGCAAAGAGGUUCUGGAAGGCAGGUGAGGCAGUUGUUUCCAAACACCAGGUUGAUUUUGAUUUAAUCUUGGAAAACGUGAAGGGUUUGAACAUGCUGGCUGGAGAUGGCGUCUCUCACGUGCAGCACACACCAGGAGGAGCUCGGCUGAGGCAGCCAGAACCCCUCCCUCUGACCCUGUAUCGGAAUGGGAUCGUCAUGCUGGAAGGAGCCUUUCGCUCCUAUGAGGAACAGUCUGCUCAGCAAUGCCUGCAGGACAUUAUGGAUGGUUAUUUCCCUUCAGAGUUGCAGGCACGCUACCCAGAUGGUGUCCCUCUGCAGGUCACUGACAAAAGAGAUGUGGUAUUUCGGGAGACAGACCUUCCUGGGAGCUUUCCUGGCCACGGCCGAGUUGUUGGCCAUUCAAAACUAAGCAAGGUGGAGGAGCCCACUGAGAUCCCUGGUCCCAAACCCUCUCUGGAACAGUCUUGGAACAAGUAUUCUAAGUCAUCACUGUGCAGUGAAGCAAUGGCCACCCAGGACACAGUCGGAGCAGUGCAGCAGGGCUCUGAAGGGGUGCGGAGCAGCAAAGAGAUGGUGGUGGGGACACCCAGGCUGCCUGCCCUGCGGAGCUUAGAGAGAGCUGAAGAGCCUGGAGCUUCUGCCCCUGAAGUCUGCACUCUUCGCAUCAAAUCUGAGAGCGGGGAGCAGACGUAUGUCAUAAAGAUGCUGUUCUCAGAGACAAUAGGGGACCUGCGCCAACACCUUGCCCACGCCAGGGGUGGAGAUUCCGACUCAUAUGAGAUCAUCAGCACCUUUCCCCAGAGGCUGUACGCGGACAACUCCAGGAGCCUGCAGGAAUGUGGGCUGAUCCCCAGUGCCUCCUUGCUGCUGCGGAGAAGAGACCCCUUCCCACCAGAGGGGACGGGACUGCAAACAGCCUAGCGGCUCCUCUGCAGGAGGAAAAAGCUGUCUUGCACUGUUAACUGAAUUACAACAUCCCCUUGGCUGGAAGAGAGCAGAGUUGUCUUUCCAGAUCUAGUUUCAUUGUGCCGUUACCUGGGAUGGAGAGCAGGGCUCCUUCUCCCUUUAGCAGAGUGCCGCAUGCCAGCCCGUGUUCUGCUGCCCCCAGGGUGGAUGGUUGCUCUUCCCCAGAUCAGGUGGGCUGCUGUCACAGGGAUUUCUGUUAGCUCAAGGCAGAGGCCUGGUUUCUCACCUCUGCUGGAGGUUAUAUUGGCUGAUCUCUGCUCAGGGAAGGCUGCCAGCUUUGCACUGGUACCAGGGCAGUUGCUUAGCUGGACUCAGGGAUUCUCUACAGCAGCAGAUAUCUGGGCAGGACAGGCAAAUAGCAAGGGGUCAAUCUCCUUUCCACAGAGUUGCUGCCCGGAGAUUUCAACUGUAUGUAUAGCAGAAGUAAAGCAGGCUCAGUGACACGGUCUUGAGCAAUGGCCUUGGGCCGUUGCAGUACUGGGACUGAGCCAGCCUCCUUCCAGCCAGGAGAUCCUGCUGCUGGGUUUCCUGGACGUGAGCAGCUCCUUUCCUUGGACAGCCCCCAUCUGCAGAGGGGCCAAGGCUCACAGCCACACGGAGCCAAGCCUGCUGCGGCUUCAAGCUGCUGCCUUCCUCCAUCCCAGCCCGCCGCUUUGCUGCAACAGGACACCGUGUCAUUGGAGAAGAGCAUAAUCCCUUUGCUUCUUCUCUGCUGAGCCCUGAGAGUAAAGCAUCUUCCCCUCCUUUAGGCUGGGGCAACGCUCUGCAGGCCCCUUUCUGUGCACAUUCUUCCCAUUUCAGCUCUGACAAGUUCCCACUUGACUUCCAGCUGAUAACACUCCCACAUGUGCAAGGCAGCGCCUUCUGGCAGCUUCCCUUUUAGCAGAAGCCCAACACGUGCCAUCACCCAGCCCUCUUUAAAGGCUCUUGAUAAAAACAUUUCUUUGGUUGCAAUUUCCACUUGCAUUAAGUUUCAAAGCAGCAGCUAGAUGCAGAAAUAGGGCAGGGUGGUCUGAGCACUUCCUGGGGCAGCUCUGCUUUCCCAGUCCCCUCUGACCAGAGCUGAGCCACGCACAGCUCACACAGGAAGCACCACAAGCUUGGGCCAGCUGCCUCCACAGCCUCCCUGCAAUCAGUGACUCAAUGCCUGCAGCUGUCUGCUGGUUUCCUCCCUUUUCACAUACACUCCUGUAUUUGCUUUAACGGCCCCCUCCUACAGGGCACUGCCCUUUUGCAUAGGGCAACUGGUCUAUAACCAACCAGGUAAUUCCAGUUCUGUAUUUUGCCCCUGGGUCUGGCUGCUGCUGUCCCUUCCCCAGGCUGUUCUUACCACACAUGGGCUGCUUAAGAGAGGAACCUGCCACUGCUGCUCUGCUGGGUACUGAGACAAGUCCCAGGAGCCCUUCAUUAGCAGCAGCGGUCUGAGGCAUUCCGAUCUUUGUGUCAGGCUGCAGUAGCACCUCAGCUCCUCCAAGAUGGAACUGACUUAGAAUCAUUAUGUAGGCUAUUUAACCUGUCAAAAUAAAAGCAAUUUAAAAGGAACCCACGAGUACCAGCACAAAAGGUACAGUAACAUUUAAUAGCAUCUCGGAAGACAACGCUGGUUAUAAACUCGCUUUUUGGCAGGAAAACAAAAUGCACUUGGUCCAAGUUGCAAAAAGCCAACAGAAAACAGGAAGGAUGAGAUAGCUGGAGCAUCAGCUGUUGUGAAGCAGCCCUGAGCCAUCAGCGCUCACCAGAGAGCCCUCAAACUGCGUCACAGCACUGAUGGAGCAGUGCAGGUCCCAGCUCCAGGCCCACCUGCUCCCAGCCUUCUAAGAGACGCCUCAGCCCCAGCCUGCUCCCCAGUGGGUGGUCAUACCCAGCUUUGUGCAGUAUUUCUGCAUUAAAUUAUUAAAAAACAAAACAGAAAACUUAGUUGCCAUGAUCUGUGCAGUUGAGAUGAAAGUUUUUUUUCUUUUUAAAAAAAAAAAAAAGGAAGUGAGGCAGCAGGAUUUACAAUUUUAA